AUGAAGAGUGAAAUCUCAGCUUGGGAACUGGGUAGGGUAGCUUUUGUUUGUGGAAUGGGAAUGGAAGUUACUGAUGUUUGUAUGGACAAGGAGCCUGAUCUUGUUGCGAUGUAUUCCACUGGUGUUUCACAGGAUUUGGGUAAUGAAAGUAUCAACAGUCAUCCCAAUGCUGCAGAGUCAUAUGCGCAUGUUAGCGGGGACUCAGAACCCCAUAUGUUGAAAGAGGAUACUGAAAUAACGGAAUACGAAGUGAAGGAAUGCACUACUGAAAGCCCUGCGUCGAUUUCUGAAUCCUGUCAUGUUGAAAAAUGCACAGAAGAGCAAGAUGUACUGAACUCGAAUACUGAGGGCAGCUUACCAGAGGAGAAGGUGAAAUCUGAAGCCCGAAAAUCAAAGGAUGAUAACAAGAAGUCAACAGCCUUUUCCAAGCCCGUGACCAAAUCUGCUGCUGGAAACAAUCGAGCAAAGUGCACUGUUCCACAGCCUUUUGCUUUGGCAACUGAAAAGCGUGCUUCAUAUGGAAAUCGUCCUGUUGGGACCGAACCAGAUGUUGGUAGUACUGUGAGUAAAUCAACUCAUGCAAAUGGUUUGCAAUACCCAAUUGCUUCAAUCCAGAAUCAGCUAGUCUCAUCUUCAGUAGCAAGAAAGCCAUUGCAACCGGAUAAUAAGAAGCAUCCUGAUGAAGACGACUCGUCAUCAGCAAGAAUUAUUAAGUUCAGGGCAACUGUUGCUUCUGCUCCAGUGUUUAAAUCUACUGAACGUGCAGAAAGGCGGAAGGAGUUUUAUUCGAAGUUAGAGGAGAAACACCAAGCACUGGAAGCUGAGAAAACUCAAUGGGAAGCAAAGACCAAGGAAGAGAAAGAGGCUGCUGUCAAGCAAUUGAGAAAGAGUUUGAAGUUUAAAGCAAACCCAAUGCCAAGCUUCUACCAUGAGGGCCCACCACCCAAGAUUGAAUUAAAAAAGCCACCACCAACUCGUGCAAAAUCACCAAAGCUGGGCAGAAGGAAGAGCUGCAGUGAUGCAGGUGGUGUGUCCCAGGGAGACAAAGGGAUAGGAGGUGGCGGUCGAGGUACUCGCCACAGUCUGGGCAAUUACAAAGACACAAACAUUGUUGCUACUAUGAACAGCAAAGAUCAGACCAAAGUCCAGAAUGGUGAUUUUACUUGCAAAUUUAAAGACGGUACCAAACCAAUGGCAGAAACAAAUGAAGCCAUUUCCUCCAAGAUAAAUGGACAGGGGAAUAUGGACGUUGCUGUUCAGUCUUGAACCUCAUUUGAGUUUCUAAUUUAAAUUAGGGGAAGUCUUCAACUUCUCUUGUUUCCUUGUGAAAGCUUUCAAGACUAUGUGCAUUUGAUUUCCUUUAAGUUGUAUUGGUUCUUGUAAUGCUGUAUUUAUGAAGAGUAAAUUUUGUUAAGUUAUGCCCACAAAUCUUUAUAUAAUAAAUCUCCAUUUGUUUCAAAG